AAAGAAAACGGAUCGUUGCACUUUUUAUCGGGGAAACGCUGAAAUCCACAAAAUAAAAAGUUUUCUAUGGAUUUAGACUAAUUUGACAUCUUGUACUUAUUAAUUUUAAUUAUGUUUUGGAGCGGAAACUAUAUUGUAGUAAGGGAGCUAAAUUUUCUUCUAAAAGAAGAGAAUCCAACAUUGACUCAGGUGCUAGAGGCGGAUGAUAUCCUGCAAGAAUGUAAAGCCGACAACAGGAAUUUGAUGCUGUUCCUCACAAAGCCAGAGAUCCUGGCGGAACUGAUAACGCUGAUCACGGAGGAGCCGCCGGACAGCGUGGAGCUGACGGCGCAGUACCGGCACGCGAGCAUCGCGUGCGAGGUGCUCACCAGCCACCUGUCCAUGCUCAGCGACCGGCUCUCGCUCGACGUCACGCAGAUGAACCGGCUCUGCGACUUCCUCAACAAGGAGCCACCGCUUAACCCGCUGCUCGCCUCCUACUUCAGUAAAACUAUCGAAAUGUUACUGGAGCGCAGUCCCAAACAGGACUGGUACCUGUACCACAUCGUGUGCUUGCGCGUGCUCGACUUCUUCAAGUCGCGGCGCGACUUCCUGCCCAACCUGCUGCGACACAUCUCCACCUCCGCCAUCGCCGACACCUUCAAGUACUUCAUACGGCUCGACGACCUAUUCAACAAAAUUAUAAUGGAGUGGUUGGAAGAGCAUCAGUUUUUGGAGAGCCUAAUCCAAAUAAUCUGUGGCACCUACGUGCCCGAGGAGAUCGACCAGACCCAGGAGAAGGGUCAACAGGACGCCAGCGAGAAAGUUGAGCUCACCAACCACGAAGCUGAAGACGCCAAGCCGGAACAGAACACGACCAGUGAACGCGACAAAGAGUCGACGGCCAACGGGAGCGCGACGGACGAGGUGGUGGAACGGGCGGAGUGUGCUGGGCGGGAGGCGGCGGCGGCGGCGGCGGCGGCGGCGCGGCGGCGCGAGCGCGUGCAGGCCGUGGCGUCGGCGAACGCGGCGGCGCUGCUGUGCGACCUGGUGCUGAACGGCUGCGUGGGCGAGGGCUGCAGCAGCCGCUCGCGCAGCAGCUGGGCGCUGGCGGCGCGGCUGGCGGGCGAGGCGCGCGUGCGGCUGCUGCUGCAGGGCAUGUUCACGUGCCCGGCCGCCGCGGGCCGCGCCGCGCUCGUGCACGGCUGCCAGCUGCUGCUGGCGCUGCUGCACCGCGGCGCCGACCACGAGCCGCCCGGCGACGGCGCGCGGCGCGGCGUCGAGGCCGCGCUCGCGCCGCACCUGCCGCUGCUGCACCAGGCGCUGCUGCAGCCGCCACCCUCGCCACCCUCGCCACCCUCGCCGGCCUCGUCCGCCGCGACCGCCGCGCACGUCGGCCUGCCGCGCGUGCAGGCCGCCGCGCUGCUGGCGCACCUGCUGCACUCGGACGUGCCCGACGUGCACACCGCGCUCCUCACGCUCGGCACGGCGGGCGUGCUGGUGGAGAUGUUCUUCUCGUUCCCGCAGAACAACUUCCUGCACGCGCAGGUGUUCGCGCUGGUGGCCAACGCGCUCGCCAACCAGCCCUACCGCCGCCGCUACCUGCACCAUCUCUUGGUGGAAUGUGAUCUUCUAAAUCGACUCAUGGAUCUGUUUGAAGACAAAGAGACUGAUAAUGAUAAGGAGCCGCGGGCGGUGCGCACUGCCAACACCGGCUACGCGGUGCUCGCGCUCGAGCGGAUAGCGCGCGCGCUCGACGACGACCAGCAGCAGCAGCAGCAGCAGCAGCAGCAGCCGCAGCAGCAGCCGCAGCAGCAGCCGCAGCAGCGGGCCGAGGCCGAGCCGGCCGGCGUGCUGGGCGAGGCGCUGGCGGCGCGCUGGCAGUCGUUCCGCGAGCGCGUGCUGCGGCCGCUGCUGCAGCAGCGCGACACGCCGCUCGGCGGAUACUAUCCAUCAGAAAAUAUAUAUGAGGUAGACAACAUGGCCGACCCGCUGAUGGCCGGAUAUGACUACAACGACGUGACCGCCAGCGCCGACGACGCCAUCGACAACACCGGCGCCGACCUCAACCAGAUGUGCGUGGCGGGCGUGGCGGGCGUGGCGGGCGUGGCGGGCGGCGAGGAGGCCGCCGACAGCGCCGAGAUCGAGUACGCGGCCGACGCGCUCGGGCUGCAGCCCGAACCCCACGCGGAGAACGCGGAGAGCAACUUCUUAAAAUUGGCCAGCCAACGCUUCGAUGACGACAGCAUGUGGGAGGAGGGCCCGACGGAGGAGGAGUGCGCGGGCGAGGAGGAGGAGGAGGAGGAGGAGGAGGAGGCGGCGCUGGACGCGGCGGCGCGCCAGCGCAUCCGCGAGGUGCUCGGCGAGCUCGCCCCGUGGGAGGGCGGCGAGGAGGCAGUGGCGGCGGCGGGCGGCGGCGGCGGCAGCGGCGGCGGCGGCUGGGCGCAGUUCGAGGCGUUCGCGGCGCCCGCGCCCUUCGACGCCUUCUGGCCAUCCGCGCACAGCGCAGACGAGUGUUCGCAAGACAACGUAGAGGCCAGUAUGCACAGACUGCAGCUCGACGAACCGCUCCAGAAGCCGCUGGACGAGGCGAGCACGGCGGAGCUGGCCAACAACCUGCUGACCGCCAUGAGCGGCAUGUCGCCCGACGUCGUCGCCAACAUCGUCAACGCCAACACCACCGCCGUGGACGCGUUCACCAUCGCUGACCCGCCCACCACCGCCGCCGCCGACACCGUUGACGACAACGCCCCGGCCGAAGCUCCCAGUGUGGACGCCGUGCACAACUCAGCCAGCGAGCCCGCCGUGGGCACCGAGUCCAGCGUGGCGGGCGCAGACGACGCCAGCAGCGCGAGGUGAUGGCCGCCGCAGGUGGGUAGCGGGCCGCCGUUCCGACCGGGCCGGUCGCGGCAGGCGGCCGGCGCCGACUGUUGACCGGCGGGCGAACUGUUUUGUACUCCCCCUUGUAUUAGCUAAUAGUAGCCCGAUGAAAUGUUUUGUAUAUUGAAGCGUACGACCGACGGAUAUGUAGACGGAUAUGUCAUAUUCUAGUUUAUUGCUAAGAAAGUAAUGUACUAACGCUUCGUAUUGUUUAACUUAGCCAUCCAUCGAAACACCCCCCGCUCUGUGAUUAAUCAAUGUUCGAAUCAUCAUCAUUAAUAGUCAUUAAAAGUAUAUCUAAAUAACGUGUGUCGUGUUGUGGCAAUGACUGAGUACGAUUUCUUAGCAAUAAAUAUAAUUCAGUUGCUGUGAUGUAUUUAAUUAUACUUACGAUGGAACGUUGCCUAGUACCGACCUGCCGACGGUACCGACUGUCCCCCGCACGGCAGCGGCGCACACUAGUACUGUCGACGUAUGAUACCGUACUGUCUGUGUUAUUACAUAAAUAAACUUACAGCUCGUACAUGGAUAGCAGGGCGUCGGCCAUGAUUUUAACUGGUGAUCUCACCUUUAUUACUUUAAUAAAGAUAUUUUGUGUAAUUGAAUGAAUAAUAAGAUAUAUUUUUUAAUGGAAAGCCUUAAAAAGCAGAAUAAUAAAUAAUACAUUAUAAUUGGUUAUUUGGUUAGAUUUAUUAUGUUUUCCGCUACCAUAGUAUGUGUAUAUAGUAUGCGUGCGACUGGCAACACUCAAAGAUGGACUACUAUUAUUAUUACCAGAAGUUCUACAACCUUCCAUAUUAGCCAUCAAUCUUCGAUUGUCAUUUCGUCUACGCACGUUUUGUUACGUGUUUCACCACUAAAUGAGGCAUUUCAGGCUAUAUAUUUUAUAAUAGAUCGCUGCUCGGUUCGAUGUCCAAACAAGAGUAGCAGUUUGGAUGUUGCAAAACAUACUUGGACGAAAUGGCAGUCGGAAUGUUGUAAAAUUUAUGAUAAUAAUAAUAGUAGUCAAUCUUUGGGUGUUGCCAGUCUCACACGUACUAAUUGUAGCGGAAUUGAACAAAAUAAUUCUAAUGAAAUAAAUCAGUCAAUGGACAUACGUAAAUAUAAAAUUUAGUUCAAAAAUAAAAUAUUAAAUUGUUAUACUAGUAAUGUAUUCACUUUUAUUCUGAAAUCCUUUUCUUUUAUUUAGUAACAAUUUAAAAAAUGAACUAUUAUUACAGUUUACCAUUUGAAACGAUCGCUUCCCUGUUGUCACAAGUGCUGGUGUGUUCCCUUGACGUGCGCGACGCUACAGUUCCACAGUUUUAUUCGUCGGCAGUGACGUCACCCCUCAACUCCUCUUAUCUAUUACAUGCACAAAGAUGUGAUCCAAAUGUAUUUAUGUAAAUGUUAACAUACUGGAUAUAUGGGAGAAGUUUAUAAUAGACUGUGUCUGUGAAUGAAGCUACAUUAAUCAUAAAACAAAUGUAAUUGUCUUAAUAUACGAUAAUCUGCAUCAUGGAUUGUAAGCUGCAUAGUAUGCAGUGCAGUAAGUCCGCUUGAAUCAUUUAAUUAAAAUGCAUACUGUACAUUGUGUCAUCAUUAUAUAUAUAUACGUACACAUUUAUAACUGUAUAAGUUCAUUUCAUCGCGUAGAUAAAGAAGUCUGAUGAAACCAAUGCGGUCCAAUACUUUGCUACGGCUCCUUUACAGUUUGGGUUCUUAUACAAAAUGAAUUAAGUGUUUGUUGUCACGCGGGCAAAGAUUCCGGUUUGGAAUAUGUACAAAAUGUAAUAUACAAUUUAUUUAGCCAAUUCAAUCGAGCUUUACUUUCCUAUAGUGUCAGCUGCGGCCGGCGGGCGCGCUCAGCUUUCAGUUACUGCUAUCUUAGUUUGAAGUCCCAAAACAUUGUCAAGUCUCCAAAGACCAUAUUGCCCCAAAUCUCAUUUUGCCCUCACAACAUAUUUUCCCAUAUAUUCCAUUGCGCCCACAUAUCUCAUUGUGCCCCCAUAUUCUAUUGUGCCCCCCAUAUUCCAUUGCGUUCGCAUAUCUCAUUGUGCCCCUAUAUCCUAUUGUGCCCCCCAUAUUCCAUUGCGUUCGCAUAUCUCAUUGUGCCCCCAUAUCCUAUUGUGCCCCCCAUAUUCCAUUGCGUUCGCAUAUUUCAUUGUGCUCCCCAUAUCCCAUUGUGUCCCUAUAUCCCAUUGUACGCCCAUGUUCUAUUGCGCCCGCAUAUCUCAUUGCGCCCGUAUAUCUCACUUUGCCCCCAUAUCUUAUUGUGCCCUCAUAUACCAUUGUGCCUCCAUAUCUCAUUGUGCCCUCAUAUCUCAUUGUGCCCCCAUAUGUCAUUGUGCCCCAUACCCCAUUGUGCCCUCAAAUGGCGGCGCGGCGCCGCGUGCGGUGUGCCCGCCGGCCGCGGCCGCUACGGCCGGUACAGGCGGCGGCCGGGCCUGGUGUCUGUGGACGAGACCAGCGCAUGGUAUGGUACAGCGCGUGCGUGAUGUUACGUUGUAAGCCCCAAGUGCCUGGCCGGUGCGGCGGCGCGCUCCAUCCCUCGUCACGUUGUCGCUUCACUGCCUCGUGCAAUAUUGGUCUCAGUGUUCGUAUCUCGUCUUGUAUAAUAUAAUAUAAUAUAAUAUAAUAUAUAGUUAUAUAGCGUUAAUGCAAUGCAUACUGUAUGCAUACUGUGAUGUUAUGAGCGACGCGCGUCUGAUUACCUACGUAACUGUAGAGUGCGGCUCGCGCGUCCGGCGUCCGGCGUCCGGCGUCCGGCGUCCGGCGUCCGGCGGACGGCGGACGCGAGGCGACAUCUUAGCAUUUCUAUUUUAUUAUCUGUAGAUAUUGUAAUAUUAGUAUUGUAUAGAUUGUCACUGUCACGGUGAACGGAGAACAAUCACAGCAUAUUGGAGUCGGUUCUAAAGUACCUCUAUUUAUUUAUUUCUCUAAACCUGUAUUUAUUGUGUUUGUAAAUUAUUGUUUUAUGGCCAAUCGAAGAAUAAAUUUAUAAUAAUUUCGACUUAAUUCUAUUAGAAAUGUAGUUCAAAUUGCUCUUUUUAAUAAAGAUUUCUCAAAUUGAAAUUAUAAUUUUAGACAUAGAGAAAUAGCGCUUCAGCAUCGACUUAAUAAACUAGUUUUUAUUCGACACUAUAUAGCGUAGUAACUCGAAGGUUACCUACUGCAGUGUUAGAUCCGUUCACCAUAUUCUCACGGCCAAAUUCGGGCACAAACCAUUCGAAGAUGAAUUUCCAAACGGCAUAUUGUUAUAACAGUAGUUAAGUAUUAAAGCAAUUAUUUGUAGUUUAUAAACAAUUUGUAUUAUUGUAUCGCGUGUCAAAACCGAGAGACGUGAGUCGUUCCACCGUUCGAUGUAAUGCGUCUGUUUAUUCCUCACGUCGUACAACUAGCAGGUCGCUGCGGCUCUUGUACUGUUUUAAUGCCAUUCGUUGCUUUUGACUUAUGAUACUUGAAUUACAAACAAGACAUGGCAUAUCCUUAUGGUUUUAUUAAAUACUGACAUUGUCCAUACUUUUUGUUAGAUUUUCCUAAAACUGUUUUUCGAUUAAAGAUAGAUAGAUACUCUUUAUUGUUUCCUCCAAAAGAUUACAAUAGUAAACUUAUUAUAAAUACAAAUAAUUACAAGAAAUAAUCACAAUGAGAAAUCAAUAGGCGACCUUAUCGUUAAGAGCGAUCUUUAAAGGCUAAUAUAUAUGUUUUAGUGUUUUGUUUUGUUAGAAAGAGACAACGAAUAUGGCUUUGUAGCGACGCUUCGUCUCCUGGCCUCGCAUCUUGUACACGUACACAGUGUCGACAACACGACUCGUAUUUUAGUUAAUACAUUUUAUUGUUAAAAGUUUUGUAAACACACUUUAUAUUUUAAUGUAAUAACCACCGAUUUAACUUACUUGUAUAAUUAGAAUGAAAAAGCUCAACUAGUUUGGGAAUCAAUUCGUGGUCAUUAGUGAUGAGCGACUGUGACGCGAGCACGUAAUACUAAAACGCGAGUAAAACUGGUAGUUACUACAUUAAAAUCAAUACAAUGGUUUAUUUUUAUAAUUGCUAAACAUGUCCUGCUCCAGUCCGAGAAGGCAUGCGCCGUGCCUUCCGUUGUCCGUUCUCAGUGACCAGACAGAUCCAUAUUGCGUUUGGUAGUUAGCAUUCGAGCCGCGACCUCGCAGUGUUGCCAUAACUAUAACGUUGUUCAGUGUGGAGUGACGUAUAACAAUUUGGAACGUGUUCAAUUCACAUUUCAAUUCAAUAGUGUUGCUAUAUUACUAUAAUGGCGGUCGUAUACAGGGCCGGCGCGGCUGCAAGCUUAACCUAGCGUAGCCUUACUCUCGUACGUAACAAAGAUGGCGCCGUGGUCGCGUGGCGGCGCGCGGCCGACCACGCACUUUCUGUUUUCAAUAUCAAAUAGUCAUAUCGAUUCGAGGAAUAUUAAUAUAAUUAUAUCAAGUAACAUAUCGGUAGUUGGAAACGGAACGCGGCGGCCGCGCGUGGCCGUGCGAGCUCGCGCGUCCGGCUCGGUUAGCGGCCAUCUUUAAACGCUUCCAAUGCGUUUGUUAGUUUUGUUUUAUUUCUAACUGUGACUGAUCUCCCUUGUGAUGCUUGUUUAACCAGUGCUGUGUGCAUAAUAUUAAUAAUUUACUUUGUGCGACUGGCGAGCCAGUUCGCCGCGCAGUGUUGCCGUAUAAAAUAAUACAAUCGAUGUGGCAGAGUUUAUUUCGUUCGACGAGUGAAUAGUAUUCGCGUAGUUAACUCGUAAUUAUUGUUAGAUAUCAUAUUUUUUUAUUGACAUGUUCAAAAUCGAAUUCAUCUUUAGUUUUCAUUGUUCGUGUUUUACGUUGACGUGCUCCUAGACACCAUGCACGAUUGUAUAAUGUAUUCGUAUGUUUAAAUCGGCACUAUAGUGAGUUAAUACCGUCUCGCUCUGGAAUCGCUGUUCAUACGCGUAACAGUGGCCUAAAUGUUGUCGUAAUAUAUUUCUGUGAUUGUAACCAAUGGGAUAUGAGAAUAGGGUAUACAGAACGUGGAUGGGAGUGCUCUAGUGGGCUUUCCUCUCCGUACGCGGCCCGGACGUCUCUGAGACGUCGCCGUCGCUGGCAAGUGGCGCGUGCGCAGUUGACGUCCGCGGUCACUUUGCAUUAGGGGCUCCGCCCCCGUCGUCGCUUAUUAUUUUUCUAGUAGUCGCCAGUAAAUUAGUCGUAAGUACAUCGGCAGACAUUUACAUUUGAACGCGCCCUAAACAUAUUGUGAAUUCAUAUCGUAUUCGUUUGAAUGUUAGGCAAAUUUUGUAAUGAAUAAUAAAUAUUACGAGCCAUUCCAGUCGAGAUCGUGGUUCAUAAUCAAUUGGUUGGAUUUUAUACAUUUUUUUUUAAUUUACUUUAUAGAAAUUGUAUUAUAAUGUAAGUGUAUGUGAUUACAAUAUAUGGUAAGGAGUGUGAUGCGGCGGGCGGGGCGAGCCGCGCGGCCGCGCUAGUGUCGGCGCGGCGCCGCCCGACUGGUGCUAACUAUAAGUUCCGUGCGCAGCGCUGCAGCUCGCCAACUCUGUACGCGUAACAAGUACUGGAAUUGCCCGCCGCCCGCCGCCCGCCGCCGGAACCGUCGCAUGUGUUAUUGAGUUUAUUGAACUCCUAUCUAUAUACCUCAGUUAUUAAUACAUACGUGGCUGCAGCGGCGGGGCGGGGCGGCGGGCAUUCUCGAGUCCCAGUUGUUUGUAUACCUAGUGUCCUAUGGCGCUGCCGGCUGGGCCGUUUUCCAUUGUACAUUAGCAUAUUCAUAAUCAAUUGCUUCGUACCGUCGGAGCAAGUGGAAACUAGUUUAUUGUAGUCGAACAAAGAGGAAGGUACAUCAAGAUUAUCUCAAGGCUACAUUCCAGAGUUGUCCACUUGCGCCGUCGAUAUUUGACAUGCUACUUCCAGUGGGUAGUUUUACUAUGUUGUUCAGUAUUAUCGGCACAUGUGCAGCCCAGCCGGCAGAUGGCGCGCCGGCCGGUUUAGGAAGACAGCAUAGAUACAUUGUCAAUUUACAAGCGACACUUGUGCGUCGAUCGUCUCCCUAAACCAUAUGUCGGCGUGUGACGCGGUGGUAUUUGAAAUAUUAGUGCAAUUAGUCGUCGAAAUUAUUCUCUGUAUUACUGUAAUGUGAUUUGAUGACUAGAACAUUAUAUAUAUAUAUAUAUAUAUAUAUAUAUAUAUAUAUAUAUAUAUAUAUAUAUAUAUAUAUAUAUAUAUAUAUAUAUAUAUAUAUACAUAUAAUAACAGUGUCUUUGUAUGGCUACGUACAAUGUGACGUCGUCCGCGCGCACACAGCGGCUAAUUUGGACUCAGUGAAUCGUAAAGGCCCCUAUGAUGAUCGGACAAGCGUAACAACGAAAUCAUUAGAACAAAUGCAUCACCGACCUGGAUAUGUCAACUAUCCAGAGAACGGUGUGAUAUCCCUUCAUUACCUGCACAGAACUUUCCCAUAGACUGUCGAAGGAAUUGUCCUAAGCUACUUGUUUCCAUUGGCACAUUACUUUUUGACUUACGCAAAAAAAGAGAUAAAAAAAAAUACAUAUACGAAAAAAGGCAAAUACAUAAAAGAAUUGGCGAAUUUCCCUUUCGUGCGUGUGUUGCCAUAGCAACACAAAAUGGUCACAACUCAGUUUAUUGUUUUGUCUUCAAAAGAGUAAAACUGUUAUUCUGUUGUGGCCAAAAGCGAAAUAUUCAUUAGUGUUGGUUUAAAAACACUCUCUAAUGAUAGAUCUCUCCGUGUCUCUCUUUCCCCCCUGACCUGGCCUGGUCCGCUGCGGUGCAGCGGUUGUGUGCGCGCGGGCGGCGGCGGCGCUUCCAACGACUACUAUGUACAACAUGAUUUUGUGAUAUCAUAUUUGGAUUUCGACCUUCAGCUAAGUGCGACCGUCCUCAAUGUUGUUACUUUUCUAUGUACAUAUUGCAUCUAUGUUUAGUGCUUAGAUUAUAUAGAUAGAGUGUCUCCAUACAAGUGCUUCAUCAAAAACAGCUCAAUUUCUAUAUCCGUGUGUGCGUGAUAGGGUUGCCAUAAUGUACAUUUACUACUCGGUGUAUGGGAGAAAAUAUAUUGUAAGGUAAAAUUAAAAAAUAAAAAUAAUACAACGUCUUUAUGAGUAUAUUUGAAAGAACAAUAUAAACAGUUUUUAAUGAUUCGCAAUGAUUUUUCACUUUGCUAAUUAAUUUUAUUUAUAUCCAACAAUAGAUUUAAAGAUUUUUUCGUUUUAAAAUCAUUGAAAAUGGCCGCUAUUUCAAAUAAUACAUGCCUAUUAAUUUGUAAACAAUGCGAACAUGGAUGUAUUUAUGUAAUAUCAGAAGAUAUAGCUCCGAAUUCAAAUUAUUUUUUUUUAUUCGAUCUGGGAAAUUUAUAAUCUAACUAGUUGCAACAUUGAAAAAGAAAAUGGCGCGUUCUAUUUUUAUUUAAAAAAUAUAAGUGUCAAAUUGUGCCAGCUAAAUGUCAACUUAGCUGACUAGACAUUGACACAUUUUGACACUAGAUGCUCUAUCUAUAAUAAUGUAAGUUUUAGUGUUAGAGCGGCCUCUCCCGGGCCGGCGUGAAAAGAUAGUUGGCCGAAACAUCUGGUUACUCACGUGCGCUCUAAUGUUAGUGGAUCAUUUGAACGAGGCAUCCACCAGCGCGUAUUAUGUUAUUGUUUCAUACCGAUGCAAGAUGCGGCUGAUAUCUCACAUAAUUGAUAUAGGAACAAGUCCGGUGGCUUGGGCAGCCGAGAGACCAUCAUGUCUUCCCAUACUUUAAAUACAACAUUCGGCAUAGACCAAAAAAUGGUCUAAAAUCGAAUUACAACGCACAUUUUUCAAUGGGAAAUGUUGUCUAUGGACAAAAUGCUGAUCGUCUGUGCAGGUCAUUAUUGUCUGCGGCUAUUAUUACGUUACGCAGAGCAGCUACAGGGCAUGGUCCAAUGGCCAGUGAGGUAUCAGCGGCGCAUCGCGAAAUAUCGGAAAGUAUUUUACUUAUUUCGACAUAAUGUAUUUUAGUUAAGGCCCGGUUUUUAACUUAUGACCUCGUGUAAAUUGUUGACACACGUAUUGUGUAUGUUUUUGUGCGAAGACGUGACUACAGCGCCGUAACUCGACAAAGGUAACAACCAAAAUAUAUUUUGUACCAAUUAAGUGGCACACGAUCGCACCAAACAAGCGACCGAGCUGCUGCGGAUGAAAUUUGGUGGGGCCGUGGUCACGUCUUACAAUAGUGCGAUCAAUUUUGUAUUAUAAGUCCUCCCACUGGAUCUUCAAUGAGUUAGUUCACACAACUCUGUACUGUGUUAUUAUUUGUAUAAGGUAUAAAAUAAACGUGUCACUGUGAUGCGAUGCGAGCGGUGUGCGCCGGAUAGUGGCGUACUGUUGUAAAAUCAGUGACUCGUUUACUUUGUAACAUUAUGUUUGUGUAAAUAGGUAUGUAGCAUGCAUACUACAAUUGGGAGCUGACGCGGGCGCAUAAUGCUCGCGUGUCAGUGUUUAAACGAGAACUGUGCCUUCCGGGCGCUAGAGGGCGCGGUGAUCCACACCCUUCCCUUGUCCUAUCGAUGUAUUUGUGUUCGGCGACCUCCACACCCUUUCCAUAUGAGUCCAGGAGCCAUCAGUAAUAAUUGAAGGAAGAUUAAUUAUAAAUAUUGAGCAAAUAAUAGAACUAUUUGUUUCCUAUAUGUAACUUCUAUGUUUUACGUUAUUUGAUUAUAUUAAAAUUAGCUAAACAAUGGGGUCGAUUCUAAGCUGCCGUGUCUGUAACCUAUCUCUGAAAUUAUAACUUCAUUUUGGUAUCAGAGCGAAAACUUUAUUGUAACGACUAAUUUGAACUAAAUUUCCAAAUAAUUUAAGUCAAAGUUACUAUAAAUUUAGUUUCCGAUGCUCCAUAAAACAAUAAUUUCGCACAAUUAUCAAAUUAAAAUAAUAAGAAAUGGCUUCUCAGAGUCGACUCCAAUGUAUUUUUAUAAAUAAGUAAAUUGAAUCACUAAAUACAACGACAUUUUUAGUAAUAUUUCAUUUAUAAUAUGAGAGGUGGCGCCUGAACUCUACGGACAUGUUACGACUCCUCGUCCCCCUCCUACCCCUCCCCUCACCCCUCCCGCCGCGAGCCGCCCCGACACGCCCGAGACAUAAUAAAUGCUCGUAAUUGUAUUCUAUUGUAUUUAUAUUAUCAUAGUUAAAAGUUUUAUUAAAAAAGUUGCUCAAUAA